UAAAUGGACCCAGCUUAUGUGAAGUUUAUGAUGUGCCAGUGCCUGUUAAAUCGAGCUGACUGGGGCUUAGCCGUCGCUUGCCUGAACGUGCUAUACUCCAUAUUUCUGUUCCUCUUCUGGCUGGUGGAGCUCAUCAAGUCUCUGGACAAUUAUCCCGUCAAGUGGGUGUUGCUGUAUGGCUUCAAUAUCAUGUUCAAUGUGAUCACCAUGAUGAGGAUCGUCAAGCGAGAGAGCAUAUCGGUCUUCUACUGGGCCUGCGGAACGGGUGCUCUUCUGCUUUUUCGUAUAUAUCAUAUCUACUAUGUGAAAGAUGUGUUUCCUCUGGCGGGAUGUGAAGCGUACAUGAUAUCUAACCAGAUUUUGGAUGCUUACAUUCUUCUGUCUCUGGUGGUCAUGGUUUAUGUCAUGUGGGGUCUGCACCGGGAACCAGAUCGCAUGUUUCCCAAGGAGGACAUGGUCAAUGAUUAUGUAUAUAAUCCUGAACCAACAGACCAAAAUGUAGAGCAACUUUAUGAGGAGCUUGAAGACAAGCGACUGGAAAUGAUUAGGGAAAUGAUCAAGGGAAAGGAAACUAAAGCUGAAAUCGAUCAUAUCGAUGAGGUGGAAAACUGUACAGAAAUGGAUGAUCUAAACAGCAAGGUCAUCCUUAAACUAGCUGGCAUUAAGGAGGAAGAAACAAAGGAAACUAAAGCUGAAAUCGAUCAUAUCGAUGAGACGGAAAACUGUACAGAAAUGGAUGAUCUAAACAGCAAGGUCAUCCUUAAACUAGCUGGCAUUAAGGAGGAAGAAACAGCAUCAAGUCCAAGUCCCAGCCCCAUUCCCAGUCUACACUGCGAACCCACCGCUCCCGAGGUGAUGGAUUCCUGCAGCCUGAAGUUCUGCCCUCAACCCACAGCUCCUUCAGAAAGUCAUCUUUCCUUCGAUGAUGUUUUUUGCUGCAUGGAUGCUGCCUGUGAUUCGAUAUCCUUUUCGUGCGAUGAUUAGAUAGCUACGAAUGUGUAUCGAAAGGAUAAGUCUGAUAUGAUAUAUAUUUUAAACCU